AUGGCGCUGAACUACAUCACCUUCAACCAGGACCACAGCUUCCUGGCCGUCGCGACAACGGAUGGUAUGCGCGUCUACUCGACCAAUCCCUUCGCUCUCGUCUUCCAAACCCCUCUUACCGAGAAUGGCGCGUCCGGCGACAUAUCCAUCCUCGAGAUGCUCUUCUCCACCUCGCUCGUCGCCAUGGUUCUCUCUCCGCGACUCUUGCGCAUCAUCAACACAAAACGUCAGACCACCGUAUGCGAGCUCACCUUUCCCGCCAGAGUCGGCGCCGUCCGCCUCAAUCGCAAGCGUCUCCUCGUCGUCAUGGAAGAUCUCAUGUUCGUCUACGAUGUAUCGUCCAUGAAGGUCCUCGAGGAAAUCGUCACUCCCUCGAACCCGUACGCCAUCUGCGCCCUCUCUCCCGACAGCAAGAACAACUACAUCGCAUACCCCAUGCGUAAAAAGGAAUACACUGCACAGCCAGCUCCAAGCCAUGUCCCUCCGUCCGGUCCGAGAGUCACCGAACCAAUGGGUGGAGAUGUCAUGCUGUACGACGCAAACGACAUGCAAGAGGUCAAGGUCAUUUCUGCUCACCAGGCGCCUCUGUCCUGCAUCGCCAUGAACAAGGAAGGUACGCUCUUGGCUACAGCUUCGGAGAAGGGCACCAUCAUCCGAGUCUUUGCCAUUCCAUCCGCCAAGAAGCUCUACCAAUUCCGUAGAGGCAGCAUGCCUGCUCGUAUACAUUGCAUGUCUUUCAACGAAACGAGCACCUUGUUGUGUGUCUCGAGUGCAACAGAGACCGUCCACAUUUUCAACUCAUCUGAUCCCUCGUCAAGUUCGAAUCUUGGUGACUCUCCGGCAGAUCCGUCCGCGAAACCAUCACGCGGUCCGGGUUGGAUGUCUAUGGUCCGUCGCACCUCGCAGAACGUCUCGACGUCACUGGUGUCGCGUGCUGCAGGAUACUUGCCAAACGCUGUGACGGAGAUCUGGGAACCAACUCGCGACUUUGCCUGGGUAAGAAUACCCAAGGGCCGCAACGGAGCUCCUGUAAAGAGUGUCGUUGCUAUGGGUGAAGCUGCUCCAGAGGUCAUGGUCGCCACUAGCGAAGGCGAUUUUUUAAUCUACAACAUUGACCUGGAGAACGGAGGCGAGGGCACUCUGGUCAGACAACAUUCUGUCCGUGAAAGAAGCGAGACGCAAAGUGGCUUCAACACCGAAUAG